GCGUAAUGUAACACACUAGCAAGCAAAAUAGUCACGGCUUUGACCUGGACGCUAAACGCUGUGUUAGAAGCACCGCGCGGACUCCCAGGUAAGAGCAAGACCUCCCUUUUUACGCCGCCGCAGCCGCGCUGCAGCUCUACGGUCUUCACUCGCCACUUCAAGCUCUCACAGCAUGUUCUUCCGGAGCGCCCUCAUCUUCGUCCUCGGGGCAAGCGCGGCGACCGCCGUCUCCCUGGAGGCCAAAAAGGCCCCGCGCACCCCCGUGGAGGCCAAAGAGGCCCCGCGCACCAUCAUGGAGCAAGACGUGACCGUCUUCGAGGCGCCGCGCUGGGCCCGCGGCGAACGCGUGAAGGGCGACGAGCCUGUUACUCUCACCUUCUUCCUCAAGCACUGUCCCUACCAGUUCGCCAAGUUCCACGCCGACCUGACGGACCGCAGCGACCCGGCCUCGCCCAACUACGGGAAGUGGUUAGAUGUGGAGGGCGUGAAGGCGCGCCUCAAGCCCUCGGCGGAUGCCCUCGAGGCCGUCAAAAACUUCGUCGAGAGCAUGGGCGGCGUACCGGCAGUCGACAAGUUCGAGUCCGUCGUCUCGACGACCGUCCCGGCCAAGAGUGUGGAGGAGCACCUCGCUACCGUAUUACACCACCACGGCCACACGGAGCGCAACGCGCAAGUCAUUCGUGCGGUCAAGGCGUACUCGCUACCCACGGAAGUCGCGAAGCACGUGUCGGUGGUCGGCGACUUAGUAAGAUUCCCGCGCCUGAAGCCCGCUGCUUUAGUACAGGAGGCCCAUCCUACGGAGGCGGUCGACGACGACUCGGCCUGGACGAAGUGCGGUUCAUCGUACUCCGGUUUCGUGAACCCCCACGUGCUGGCCGAGCGCUACGGCUUCGAGUUCCCGAAACUCUCGCACGCCAAGGGCAACUCGCUGGGUCUGGCCGAGUUCCAAAGGCAGUACUACGACGACCCUGAUCUCGAAGCCUUCACGAAGGCGUGCAAGCUCCAGACGAACGUCACUGUCAGCAAAGUAGAAGGGGGCAACGACCCCAAGGCCUGCUCUGGCGGCUUCCAGGGCUGUGUGGAAUCUCUGUUAGAUAUCGAGUACGCCGGCGCGGUCGCGGGCGCCAUACCUCUAAAAGUGUACUACGCCACGGACUACUCUUUGCUGAGCUGGGCGAACCAGUUACUUUCGAAAGAUGGCGUGCCGCCGGUCCACUCCGUCUCCUACGGCAACGACGAGGCGCAGCAGACGGGUCGAGCGUACAUGGACUCCGUCAAUACUGCUUUUGCCAAGCUGUCGGCGACAGGAGUCACCAUCUUGUUUGCUGCAGGAGAUCAAGGCGUCUGGGGCCGCGAAGGUGUUGGUACCAAAUACCACCCGGAUUUCCCGGCCGGAAGCCCUUAUGUUACCGCUGUGGGAGGUACCGAUUUCAAGGAGAAGGGCACGAUCGGCGAGGAGACGACGUGGCCCGACGGCGGCAGCGGCUUCUCGAACGACUUUACGCGUCCGAAGUGGCAGGAUUCGUACGUCGAGAAGUACCUCGCGGAGGCGAAGGGCUCUCUCCCGAAGUUCCCCCACGUCUACAACGCGUCGUCGCGCGCCUAUCCUGAUUUAUCAGCUUUAGCUGGAGUGGUGAACGCCUACCUGGUCGCGUUGGAGGGCGGCAAGCGCUUCGCGUCCGUCGGAGGGACGAGUGCGGCGUCGCCCGUCGUCGCCGGUAUUAUUGCACAGAUCAACGACCGCCGCUUAUCAGCGGGCAAGUCUCCAUUAGGAUGGCUGAACCCCGCGCUCUACAAGUGCGGCGAGGGCGUCUUCAACGACGUGACCACUGGAAAAACGUCGGGCGGCAUCGUGGGCGGCUUCCCCGCCGCCAAAGGCUGGGACGCGGCGACGGGCUUCGGCACGGUCCAGUACAAGCCGCUCGCCAAGUGUCUGGUGGCGAACUAGGUGUGUUCCUCUCGACCCGUGUUGGGUCUUUCCCCUCUCUCUUAAGCUUUCGUGUCUAAGGUUCAGGACAACGAGAUCGUUAUAUGCAGCAGAGGGGAAGGGGUAAGUAGCAGUGGCAGAUGUCGACGACGCGCUGCCCGUCUUUUUGCGUGGCCGGCCCGA